AUGGCUGAAAUACCGACAGAAUCACCUAAAAGGGGUAUACCAGUUGGACAACAAUGUUCGAAUUGUAAUACCACCAAGACUCCUCUUUGGAGAAGGGCCCCCGAUGGGACGUUGAUGUGUAAUGCUUGUGGGUUAUAUUUACGUUCGAAUAACGCUAAUCGGCCGGUUAAUUUGAAGAGACCUCCCAACACCAUUCCUAUUUUGAAGGAAGAAGAGGGAAGUUGUAAAGGAGAUGGAAGAUGUAAUGGGACUGGUGGGAGUGCUGCUUGUCAGGGAUGUCCUGCUUAUAAUAACCGAGUUGUGGUUAAGGAACAAGACAAAUCGUACACUCAUUCGAAUGAAGAAUCGAAAAUCAAAUCCGAAGAUUCAUCCACUGAUUCUUCAAACGAUGACGAUCCUUUAGCGAUUGCAUGUUUUAAUUGUGGUAGUACCAUUACUCCUCUUUGGAGAAGAGACGACGCCGGUAAUACAAUCUGUAACGCAUGUGGAUUGUAUUACAGACUUCACGGGAGCCAUCGUCCGAUUAAAAUGAAAAGAACUACCAUUAAAAGAAGGAAAAGAAAUUUACAGUUCAUUAAAAAGGAUAAAAAGAAGAAGAUUAAAGAAGAACCACCACAACAACCAACCCCAUCAGUGGUGUUGCCUCCAGUUCAAUUACCCCCAAUAAACCAUAAUCCAAUCAAAUUGCCUUCCAUCAGAAAUGACUUGUAUAUACCGGGGAUUAAAACAUGUUGUGGAGGAGCCUGUUCUAAAAAAGUCACUCCGGUGGCAAUCGAUUUUACGUCAUCCUAUAAAAAAACUAACCCUACGAAUGAUGAAGACGACCUGGAAAACUCAUUACGUGAUAAAAUGGAAAAGAAAAAACACAGUAUGUCAAUUGGUGGCUUACUUAAUGGUUAA